GUAUCAGCUGACGAUACAUCAUCCUGAUAAGGCCGCGACUCACCAAAGUUGUGACAGAGGAGCUCGUAGAAUAGGGAGCUAGUCCUGGGUUCUGGGCGCGCUGAAUCCUGCUUAUCGAUGAAAUGCAGUUAACACAACAGCUGGACCUAUUUCCCGAAUACAGGGUGACGCUUCUGUUAUUUAAAGAUGUGAAAAAUGCUGGAGACUUGAGAAAAAAGGCCAUGGAAGGUGCCAUUGACGGCUCAUUAAUAAAUCCUACAGUGAUUGUCGAUGCAUUUCAGAUACUUGUGGCAGCAAACAAAGCAGUUCACCUCUACAAACUGGGAAGAAUGAAGACAAGAACUCUAUCUACUGAAAUUAUUUUCAGUCUUUCCCCAAAUAACAGUAUUUCAGAGGCCGUGAAAAACUGUGGUAUCUCGGCAAAUGACACUUCAUCUCUGAUUGCUUACAGUGAAGAGGGAGAAAAACAAAUAACUCAAGAAGACCUAACAUCUCAGGUAGAAGGUCAUCAAGUUUCUCUCAAAAAUCUCCCUGAAACAACAAAUAUUACGGAAGUCAAAAAGAUAUAUGAACUCUCUUCACAAGAAGAAAGUAUUGGGACAUUAUUGGGUGGUACCAUUUGCUGA